ACCUACCGCGGCCUUUAGUCUGAGUCAGGGCUUCUUAGGGUCAGGAUGUACACACUUUAGUAUUCCCAUAAAGUGUUCAUUUGUAAAGCAUCGAGUGAAGGAAAUCGACUUAUAUGUCUCUCAUUUUCGACUCGUUAAAAGUGUGUUAGAUAUAUAAUGUAAACCGAACAUCAAGUAUAGAGUUGUGUGGAUAUUUACAAAGUGGUUGAGAUCAUAAUGAGAGAAAAUGAUACGUGUUGUAAUUUAUUAAGCUGUGUGGUGGAACAUCUACAGGAAGAAGAGGAGGAGAAGGCGGCGGCAUUGGACACCUAACCAUGGCGGUGUUGGUGUGUGUGGUGGUGAUGGCUGUGGUGAUGGUGGCUGGACAUCAAGAAGGGCCGCCAGUCAUCAAGGAACAUCCCAGUAACAUGGUGGCUCGCCGUAACGACCCCGCCACCCUCAACUGUGCCGCCUCAGGGGCCGCCCGCGUCAGGUGGUUCCGUGACGGCCAGGAGGUGGUCACGUCGACACAAGAUCCUCGCUCCCACCGUGUUCUCCUGCCCUCUGGUUCCCUCUUCUUCCUCCGUGUCACCUCCUCCAGGAGGGACAGUGACACGGGCACGUACUGGUGCGUGGCCUCCAACAGCUACGGUGCUACACGCUCCAACAACGCCACACUGACCGUGGCCACGCUGGCCUACGACUUCCAGAGCCAGGCGGAGUCGACGAUGAGGGCCCGCGUCGGUGACUCCCUCACCCUGCCUUGCCGGCCACCCAAGGCCACCCCGGCCCCGGAGCUGAGCUGGCUGAGGGACGGCCGCCAGGUGACCAACUCCUCCCGUGUCAGCGUCACUGAGGAGGGAGACCUGGUCAUCAGUCAGGCCGUCCAGGAAGACUCUGCCACCUACGUGUGUCGCGCCCGCAACGCCGCCGGCACCAGGGAGUCCCAGCCCACCCAACUCACUGUCAUGACUCCGCCGUGGUUUGAGGAGCGGCCCACCAACGUGACCGCCCCGUCAGGAGUUGUGGUCAACUUAGCGUGUGGGGCACAAGGGUCACCCACACCCGCGGUCACGUGGCGGCGCCUGGACGGUAAGAUGCCGCUGGGACGCGUCAAGAUAGAAGACCAACGCCUGGUGCUGGAGCGAGUUGCCACUGAGGACUCCGGCGUGUAUAUGUGUGAGGUGGAGAACGAGGCAGGCAUCGCUACGGCGCGGGCAACACUUACUGUCGUCGACGCCCCCGAGCUAACGCAGCGGCCACAAGACCUUCAGGUGAUGGCUGGUGAGAGAGCAGAGUUUUCGUGCCGCGUGAAGGGCGGGCCUGAGCCACUUGUGGUGUGGCGUCUUCCCACACUAGACAGAACUGCCCUGCUCACCCCAGGACACAGCAGGAGUCACGCCUCCGUGUCUGAUGAUGGUCUCAACCUCGUCAUAGAAGAAGCCACUACUCAAGACAGCGGGUCUUACCGCUGCUGGGGCGUGAGCAAUGGAGGAGGUGUAAGUGGACAAGCGGAGCUGUUGGUGGUGCCCGCUCACCCGCCGCCUGUAGUGGGUAUAGGACCCCAGGACCUGAUGGUCGCCCCCGGCAGUGUUGCCUCCUUCCCCUGUGAGGUAGUGAGCGAGGCUGCCGAGGCCACCAUCUCCUGGUGGUACCGACCGGCCGUCCACCUGCCGGCUCGCCAAGUCUCCCAACACUCGACAGACUCCAGGAUCUCUCUCCCUGACAACGGCGCCCUCAUCCUCAAGGAUGUGCGCCUGGAUGACGCGGGCAUCUACACGUGCCAGGCCACGGCGGACACGGGCACCGUGGAACAGGCAGCGGUACUGAGGGUAGAUCAUAAUGCUGAGGUGUUGGAGCCGCUGCUGCUGCCGGCGCCUCCCACCAAGCCGCGUCUUCUGGCCGUCAACCAGACGGCGGUGCAGCUGAGCUGGCUGCCCAACUCGCAAGUAAGUGAAGAGUCUGGUCAGUGGUACACCGUGGAGUACUGGCGGCAGGGCUGGGACGAGUGGCGAGUUGCCGACGCCGCCAUCUGGAAGGAGUCGUCCGUGGUGAGUCAUCUCACUCCCGGACACACUUACACCUUCCUGGUCCGCGCCGUCACCAACAGAGGGGCGUCGUUCCCGAGCCCUUGGUCUGACCCCAUCACCACCCGUUCCCCCCGAGACCCCAGCCUCACUGUGAACCAAGUCCGCCAGGCCCGUCGCCGCCUCUCUCAACCCCGCGUCACCCUCACUGACGCCGCCGUCACGGCUCCCGACAGUGUACUGCUCACUUGGGACUUCCUGGCCUCGACGGACGAGGCGGUGGAGGGCGUGUUGGUGUACUCGGUGGGCGAGGACGGCGCUGUACAAGUGACCACCGUCCUGGGCGCCUCGUCCUCCUCCCACCUCCUCCAUGACCUGCGACCCAACACUCCCUAUACCUUCUUCAUCGUCCCCUUCUGGCACAGCGUCGAGGGCACACCCUCCAACUCCUACUCUCUCACCACACCUGAAGAUGUGCCGGCGGCUGCGCCAGGUGAUGUGCGCGUGACGGUGCGUGAGGAAGGUUCUGUACUCAUCAGGUGGUCGAGUGUGAGUCCCGAGGAGGCCCGCGGGGAACUACUGGGCUACCAGGUAACAAUAAGUCACAACGGCAGUCACACCACAGAGACGGUGGCGAGCCCCUGGCUGGAGGCUCGCGGCCUCCUUCCCAGCCGCCUCUAUACCGUGCGUGUGGCGGCCCUCACAGGGGCGGGUCCUGGACCCUUCAGCGACCCCGUCUUGUUGGAUGCCCACAGCUUUCAUGAGGUGAACACAGCUGAGAACGAUGGUGACUCCAUGGUGUACAGCCAACCACAGCCGGCGUGGCUGAUAUACCUGCUGAUACCGCUGGUGUUGCUGCUGGUCCUGGCCACCCUGGUGUACGUGAGGCGGCUGAGGCUUAAGGCGCCGCCCUCCAACCCGCCCCACGCCCCCGCCCUCUACCAGGACCCGUCCAUCUACCCCGAUCACCACUCAGUCAACAUGUACGGGGAGCGCAAGUUGUGGCCGCCUCCUUCAGAGAGUGACAAAGAGUCCAGUUUGUCGUCGACCAGACUCCUUCGUCCAGACCAACUAGUGAACGAGUACGCCGAGCCUCGGGUACAACAGACAACAGAACCUUACGCCACCACGGCGCUGCUGGCGCCUCCGUCGCCUCGCCUGAACCAUGGCGCCCCCUGGCGACACCACAGCGAUGACUCCGGCGUGCAGGUCAACUGGGCUGCCAUUCUCCCGCCCCCACCAGCCUGCCCACCACCCCUUGACCCUGACCAAGAGGAGCCGGUGGGCGGCAGUAACUUGCAGGGGCCCAGGAAGGUGUCCUCCGCCGCCUCACAGUACGACAACAUGGGCGGGUCAGAACAAUACAAGCGGCCGUGUGACGCCGACUCGGAUCACACCUAUGAUGUGUACACACAGGUGACUCCUGCCGACGGCUUCCUUACCUUUAAUACUCUACAGGACCGUAAGGUCCACGCCGACUGUCACCCUCCACCACCGACAGACCCGCCACGUAGCAACACACACUAAUGCCAGUGCCAGCUGGGCCAGCAGACAACAGUGCGACCCAUAAGAGGCGAUGGCACACCUCGAGCAUGUGACAGUGAACAAGUGCCUCAGUGGACAGUGAAUUUGUUCUUUGUUGUUUUUAGCGGUCAGCAGUUAGUGUACGAGAGGUCAGUGUUGAUCACUACACCGCCUCCCGCUUGUUAGUGCCACCCAGGUGGAUCUCUCCAUGGUGGUGCCAGAAGCAGAUGACACACCAAGUGGCACCUUAGUGAUACUACCGCCACACCCUAGUGCCACGCUCCUACACCCACCACACCCUAGUGCCACCGUCCUACACCCACCACACCCUAGUGCCACCCUCCUACACCCACCACACACUAGUGCC